AUGGCACCCUCCGACUUUGCCAACGCGAAUAUUGAUGACAUCGUUAACCAGCUAACAACUGACGAGGCUAUCCUCUUGUUGGCUGGCGUCGGAUUUUGGCAUACGCACGCCAUCGAAAGGCUUGGCAUCCCUGCUAUCAAGUGUUCAGAUGGCCCCAACGGUGUCCGUGGAAACCAUUUCUUCAUGGGUACGCCCGCCAAAUGUCUCCCGUCCGCUACUGCAUUGGGAGCAACGUGGGACACGCAACUCAUCGAAACUGUCGGACUGAAGCUUCUAGCGCCUGAAUCCAGGCUGAGAGCAUCGUCUCUGCUUCUCGCGCCCACCUGCAAUAUUCAACGAAACCCAUUGGGAGGAAGAAGCUUUGAGAGUUUCUCCGAGGACCCGCAUCUAUCAGGUAUGAUAGCUUCUGCAUACGUUAAAGGACUCCAAGACGGUGGCAUUGGCGCAACCAUCAAACAUUUCGUCGGAAACGACAAAGAGAACGACAGAAUGGCGUACGAUAGUAUCAUGAGUGAUAGAGCGCUUCGCGAGAUAUACUUGAUGCCUUUCAUGUUAGCUCUGAAAUACGCCAAACCUUGGGCGUUUAUGACCGCUUACAACCGCGUCAAUGGCACGCAUAUGUCCGAGAAUUCUUCAAUCAUCAAGAACAUUCUGCGGGACGAAUGGAAGUUCACUGGCAUGUAUUUCUAUAGGUUUGGCGUUUAUAGCAUCGAUCAUAGUAUCAAUGCUGGCGUUGACCUCGAAAUGCCCGGGACUAACAAGUGGCGUACUCUUGACCUAGUCAACCGGUCCAUAGUAUCAAGGAAGAUAACUUUGCGCAUCGUCAAGGCGCGCGCCAGGAAGGUUCUGGAAUUAGUGCAAAGAUGCUGUAAAGAAGCACCCGAGAUUCUUGAUGGUGACGGUUUGGAAAGGACAGUGGAGAGCGAGGAAGAUAAGGAACUCAUGCGACGGGUCGCUGCUGAAUCCAUUGUUCUGUUGAAGAAUGAGGGUGGAAUCCUUCCACUCAAGUCUCAGGGUCUAAAGAAGAUCGCUAUCCUCGGAGGUAACGCGAAAGCAAUUGUUCUUUCUGGGGGAGGAUCGGCUUCGUUGAAGUCUUCCUACUUCAUCACACCCUUCGACGGCAUUGCUAAGGCCCUAGGAGAUAACGUCGAAGUAACAUAUGGCGAAGGCGCUCGUGGUUACAGGACCCUUCCAACCCUUGACUAUGAGCUCUUCACCGAUAAUGGUGAACGAGGAUGGGUUGGUACGUGGUAUAGCCAUGAGAACGAUGAGAGCAUGACGCCUUUGUCUGAUCCGAUCGAAACUCGAUACAUUGACGAGACCAGGAUGUUCAUCAGCACCUCUGCUCCGAAAGGUAUCACUCGAAAAUGGACGAUGAAACUACGGGGAUAUCUUAAGCCUCGGACUCGGGAUGUCGAUUUCCGACUGUAUGUUGACGGGAACUUGGUUAUCGAUAAUUGGAAGCGUCAGCGAAGAGGACAGAGUUUCUUCGGUUCAGGAACUGAGGAAGAGACAGGCAUCUAUCUCCUCAAAGCGAACAUCAAGCACAAAAUCUAUGUGGAGUUCUGUAACGUUCGCGGACCAGCCGAUGGUGAUGAGGACGAAGCUGUGAUGGAUAGUAAUCCAGGCGUUCGUCUAGGUGGUGCUGAAGUUGAAGAUCCGGAUGUGUUGCUGGAAAAUGCCGUCCAACUGGCAAAGGAGGCUGACGUAGCCAUUGUCGUUGUUGGCCUGAAUGCGGACUGGGAGACCGAAGGCCAUGAUCGUACUACCUUGGCGCUUCCUGGACGCAUAAAUGAGCUUGUUAGCAGGGUCGCCGCUGUUAAUCCCAAGACGGUUAUUGUCACUCAGGCUGGAUCCGCAAUUACCUUGCCAUGGGCAGAUUCUGUCCCUGCGAUUUUGCACGCGUGGUAUCUGGGUAAUGCGACUGGAGAUGCAAUUGCCGAUGUUAUCAUUGGGAAACAUAACCCUUCGGGGAAACUGUCCUUGACUUUCCCUAAAGUGGAGGAAGAUGUUCCGUCUUACGGACAUUUCCAUUCAGAAAACGGAAAGGUCCGAUAUGCAGAGGAUCUCUACGUUGGUUACAAGCACUUCCGGCACCGUAAGAUCAAACCUGCUUUUGCAUUUGGACAUGGUCUUUCGUAUACGACAUUUUCCCUAUCUGUCUUAUCCAUUUCAAAGCCAACAUAUGUAGAUGGUGAUGUCACUGUCGCACUGUCGCUCACCAUCACGAACACUGGUUCACUCUCUGGAAGUCAAGUAAUCCAAGUGUACACGACCCUUCCGGCCACCUUCGAGCUAACACAUCCGUCGCUCCAACUCAAGGCGUUCGCAAAGGUCCGUGACCUUGCGCCAGGAAAGAGCGAGUCGGUGGACAUCAAACUGGACAAAUAUGCUGUUUCGUACUGGGAUGAUAAGAUCAACUGUUGGGUUGUUGAGAAGGGCAGUUAUGGUGUUAUGAUCGGUCUGAGUAGCGAGGAUCUUGGCCUCAGCUCUCAAAUCGUUUUAGAGAAAGGGUUUGAGUGGAAUGGUCUUUGA